GCGCGCUCCAGAACGAGGCAGUGUGGGCUGGGAAGGGAGCGAGGAGGCGGCGGCGGCGGAACCCGGGAGCCGAGGGGACGCGCGGGCCUCGCGCCGCGGGAGCGGACAGCUGCGGAGGGGACCCCGGGGAUCGAGGCCGGAGGCGGGAGAGCGCGGCCUGUGGACUGCCGGCCCCAGAGGUCGCCGGCCGCGUCCCUUGCCCGGAGUGGCCGCCGCCCCUGGAGACUCGCCGUGACACGGGCCUAAGCCGCGGCGACCGCGGGCGUCUGGACCGCUCGGACCCAUCGGGCUGGGCCGGUUUGGGACAGAGUCGGGCAGGUGCCGCCCCCCUAGGGCCGACAGGGGGCAAGGCGCCCACCGCGCGGCCCGCGGGCCGGGCUCGGCCGAGGGACCGCCCGCGCAGCCUCUACCCCCCACCCCCCCGCUCCCACCCCGUGGGUCGGAGCCCGAGUCGCGCCCCGCCUUCUCCGGGACGCCCAGCCGGAGCGGCGGGAGCCGGGAGAGCCCGCGCCCGCCGCCGCCGUCGCCUGCCGGGCUCGCGCGGGAGAAGAGGGAGGAGAAACUUUGCCUUUUAUUGUUGUUUUAGUCCUUAAGUGCCAGGAACUCUGUUGGGAGGAAAAAUGUCCUUCUUCAAUUUCCGUAAGAUCUUCAAGUUGGGGAGCGAGAAGAAGAAGAAGCAGUACGAACAUGUGAAGAGGGACCUGAACCCUGAGGAGUUUUGGGAAAUUAUAGGAGAAUUGGGCGACGGAGCCUUUGGGAAAGUGUACAAGGCCCAGAAUAAAGAGACCAACGUUUUAGCUGCUGCAAAGGUGAUUGACACCAAAUCUGAAGAAGAACUUGAAGAUUACAUGGUUGAAAUUGAUAUUUUAGCGUCAUGUGAUCACCCAAAUAUAGUCAAACUUCUAGAUGCCUUCUAUUAUGAGAACAAUCUUUGGAUCCUCAUUGAAUUUUGUGCAGGUGGAGCAGUGGAUGCUGUGAUGCUUGAACUUGAGCGACCAUUAACUGAGUCCCAAAUACAAGUAGUUUGUAAACAGACCUUAGAGGCAUUGAACUACUUACAUGAUAAUAAAAUCAUCCACAGAGAUCUAAAGGCUGGCAACAUUCUUUUUACCCUAGAUGGAGAUAUUAAGUUGGCGGAUUUUGGAGUAUCAGCUAAAAACACAAGGACAAUUCAAAGAAGAGAUUCCUUUAUUGGCACACCAUAUUGGAUGGCUCCUGAGGUAGUCAUGUGUGAAACAUCGAAGGACAGACCCUAUGACUACAAAGCUGAUGUUUGGUCCCUGGGUAUCACUUUAAUAGAAAUGGCUGAGAUAGAACCACCACAUCAUGAAUUAAACCCAAUGCGAGUGCUGCUAAAAAUAGCAAAAUCUGAGCCUCCUACAUUAGCACAACCAUCAAAAUGGUCUUCGAAUUUUAAGGACUUUCUAAAGAAAUGCUUGGAAAAAAAUGUGGAUUCCAGGUGGACAACAUCUCAGCUACUACAGCAUCCUUUUGUUACUGUGGAUUCCAACAAACCAGUCCGAGAAUUGAUUGCAGAGGCAAAGGCUGAAGUAACAGAAGAAGUUGAAGAUGGUAAAGAGGAGGAGGAGGAUGAAGAAACAGAAAAUUCUCUGCCAAUACCUGCAAGUAAGCGUGCCUCCUCUGACCUCAGCAUUGCCAGCUCUGAAGAAGAUAAACUUUCACAAAAUGCUUGUAUUUUGGAAUCUGUUUCAGAAAAAACAGAACGUAAUACUCCUGAAGAUAAAUUUAACAGCAGAGUUCUUAAUGAAAAACCCACUACUGAAGAGCCUGGAAAAGCUGUGGAGGGUAUUGAUGAACAUUUAGGAGCUAUGGAUGAACUCCGUACUAGAACAAUAAUAAUCAAGGAAAAUGGGAGAGAGGAGAAGAGACCCAAGCUUGAAAAUCUGCCUGACACAGAAGACCAAGAAAGAGUAGACAUGAAGUCAAUCAACGAAGGAAAAGAGAAUAGUAUGAUAACUGUAGAAACAAAUAUUGAACAGAGUCUGAAACCUGAGGAAGAAAGGGAUGAGGAAAAGCAACAGAUGUUUGAAAAUAAGGUUAUAAAAUCUGAAGAAGAAAUUAAAGAUACUACUAUUCAAACAAUGGAUUUAGUUUCUCAAGAGACUGGAGAAAAAGAGGCAGAUAUUCAAACAAUUGACAGUGAAGUUGAGCUUACCAAAGAAGACACCCAAGAGAAUUUGGGAAAAGAUGAGAAAAUGAAAAAAGAUGUGAUCAGUGAUACAAGUAAUGCAAUAGGAACAAGUGAGGUCGUAGAUGUUGCUCAGAAGGCAGUUGAAAACAAAGCUAAGGACGCUCAGAGUAAUGAUGGGAAAGAAAUGGUUGAAGCAGGUCAGGAAUUAGCAAGUAGACCCAUGGAGGGUCCUGAGGUUGGUGGUACUGAGGAAGUUUCUCUUAGAGAAAUAGUUGAAACUAAUGAGAUAGAUAAAAAAUCUAUAGAAGGCAAAGGCGAGAAACAGUUAAUCAGCAGUUCCGAGAACAUAGUGGAGACCACUGAGGAACCCAGGACAAAUGAAGUUGAAAUUACUGAGUCAAGUAGCACUGAAGAAAUAGAAGUCAGAAGUGCAGUGAUUCAUACUGACGAAAAGGCUUCAGGAAGUGAAACACAGGAUGCUCAUGAAGCCACUACUCUGACAGAAUCAGAGCAAAAAGAGAUUCCACGUGAAGUGCCAAUUAAAACAGAACCUGACUUUACUGCCACUUCACAGCCCAGUGAACCUCAGCCUGUUCCAAUACCUAGUAUUAAUAUCAACUCUGAUGGUGCAGAAAAUAAAGGGGAAAUAGGUGCUUUAUCAAAAAUUGAAACCAUGUUGCUACCAGAAUCUGAGAUUCAAAAGGAAAAUGAUACUGAUUCAGGCACUGGUUCUGCUGAUAAUAGCAGCAUUGACUUGAAUUUAUCUAUUUCUAGCUUCCUAAGCAAAACUAAAGACAGUGGAUCAAUAUCUUUACAAGAAACAAGAAGACAAAAGAAAACAUUGAAGAAAACACGCAAAUUUAUUGUUGAUGGUGUAGAAGUGAGUGUAACAACAUCAAAGAUAGUUACAGAUAGUGAUUCCAAAACUGAAGAAUUGAGGUUUCUUAGACGCCAGGAACUUCGGGAAUUAAGAUUUCUUCAAAAAGAAGAGCAAAGAGCCCAACAACAGCUCAAUAGCAAACUGCAGCAGCAGCGAGAGCAAAUCUUCCGGCGCUUUGAGCAAGAAAUGAUGAGCAAAAAGCGACAAUAUGACCAAGAAAUUGAGAAUCUAGAAAAACAGCAGAAACAGACUAUUGAACGUCUAGAACAAGAACACACAAAUCGCUUGCGAGAUGAAGCCAAACGCAUUAAAGGAGAACAAGAGAGAGAAUUGUCCAAAUUUCAGAAUAUAUUGAAGAACCGAAAAAAGGAGGUUAUAAAUGAAGUGGAGAGUGCACCCAAAGAGCUGAGAAAAGAGCUCAUGAAACGCAGGAAAGAGGAGCUUGCACAAACCCAGCAUGCUCAGGAACAAGAGUUUGUUCAGAAGCAACAACAAGAAUUAGAUGGCUCUCUGAAAAAGAUCAUCCAGCAGCAGAAGGCAGAGUUAGCCAAUAUUGAGAGGGAGUGCCUGAAUAACAAGCAGCAACUCAUGAGAGCUCGAGAAGCUGCAAUUUGGGAGCUUGAAGAACGACACUUACAAGAAAAACACCAGCUGCUCAAACAGCAACUUAAAGAUCAGUAUUUCAUGCAAAGACAUCAGUUACUGAAGCGCCAUGAGAAGGAAACAGAACAAAUGCAGCGUUACAAUCAACGGCUUAUUGAGGAAUUGAAAAACAGACAGACUCAAGAAAGAGCAAGACUGCCUAAGAUUCAACGUAGUGAAGCCAAGACUCGAAUGGCCAUGUUUAAGAAAAGUUUGAGAAUUAACUCAACGGCUACACCAGAUCAGGACCGUGAAAAAAUUAAACAGUUUGCUGCUCAAGAAGAAAAGAGGCAGAAAAAUGAGAGGAUGGCUCAGCAUCAAAAACAUGAAAAUCAAAUGCGGGAUCUUCAGUUGCAGUGUGAAGCCAAUGUCCGAGAGCUGCAUCAGCUGCAGAAUGAAAAAUGCCAUCUAUUGGUUGAGCAUGAGACUCAGAAACUAAAGGAGUUAGAUGAGGAGCACAGCCAGGAAUUAAAGGAAUGGAGAGAGAAAUUGAGGCCUAGGAAAAAGACACUGGAAGAAGAAUUUGCCAGGAAACUGCAGGAACAGGAAGUGUUCUUUAAAAUGACUGGGGAGUCUGAAUGCCUUAACCCAUCAACACAGAGCCGAAUUUCCAAAUUCUAUCCUAUCCCUAGCUUGCAUUCCACUGGAUCGUAACAAUGGGAAGUAUUCUGUGGUCUAGUUUGGCUUUUGAAAUAUGUAAUUUUGUUCUCUUCAUCUUCUGCCACAGUCUACAUUAGAGAGUGCAUGAAGACAAUCAUCUGCCUCACCUUCUAGGAGUUUUUUUGUUUGUUUUGUUUAUUUAGCAAAGAUGAAGGGAAAGGAACUAAGACAGAUGCUGGGCCAUGUUGGCAUAGAAGCAUUUUGCAGUAAUUCCCUAAGGUGAUUUUGUAUAUUAAUCUUAAAGAUUGUGUUCUUUAGACGCUGUUACCUAAAAAACUCUUAGAAAUAUAAUGUUUAAAGUUAUUUUAAAAAACCUGUUAUUUCACUGAGUAUUAGUAAAUAUCGUUUUCUCAUUGAUGCCUGAAUUCUGUAGUUGGAACUCUGCUGUAGAGAGUUGGAAUAAUUUUCUUUUGGUGAAUCAGCUCUCAUGAAAAACCUAUGAAUUGCUCAAAAUAUAAUACUGAUUCAUUAAAUAAAUCAAUUUUAUCUUUAAAUAUCAACAAACCCUUUUACAAGAGAAAAAAUAUUUCAGUAAUCUAAUAUAAUUACCUGUUUAGGCCUGAGCUAGUAUUCAAGGGUGCUAGUUUUAUUAAAAUAGUGCCUAAAACACUAAAUUUCAAUUGAGUCUAAAAUGGGAUUUCCUUUUUUGAUUCAACAGGGACAAAACAUCCUUAGCAUUAAGCAUUAUAAUUUUUAAAAUCUUGGUUCUUUUACCAUUUGAUAAAAAUUUUCAUCCUAAACGUGGUGUACAAGGUUGAAAACAUGAAAAAAAGAGAGAAUUUUUAGAUGUCCAAAUUGGAAAUGUAUUAUUCACCAAAUUAAAAAAAUAAAAAAGAUUUAGCUCUCCCAGCUUAUUUUUUAAAAUAAUACAUGAGCUAGUUAAAUGACUUUUCCCAUCUCAGCAAAUUCUGUUCAUUGAAAACUGUCAGAGGCCUUCUGGCUGAGUUAUAUUUAUAAAUGUAUUUUCUGAAAUUGAUUUUAAAAGAGGCAUUUAUUCAGAAUACUUUUUAAAAAAAUUAAGUAAAAUAUUUAGGCAAAUGUUGGAAAUGACUUAGUUGUUUUGAAAUAGUCAUUUAUAUUUUGGUUUUAUUUUGUUCCAUGCUUAAAUUAUUUGAGUGGGAAAGCCUGAAACCUUUAUCCAUGUGGUUGCUGAUAUGUGUAAUUAUUAAUGAAAUGAUCACUCCUAGUCCCUCUAGAGGCUUAAAAUUUCAAGCAUGUGUCAGGUCAAACAGUAUUAUGAACUGUACUGUGCUGUGUGAGACAGUAAGUGAUGCUGCCUGCCAUUUGCAACCUUUUCUCUUUUAAAAGUACCAGGUACCAAAUUGUACAAGUUUCAGUUUUUGUUACAUUACAUUUGAUGCUGAUGAAAAUUUAAAUGUAACUGUGGGAACACUUAUUAAGGAAAUGUAAAUAUCUGUAGCACUUUCUUGCAGUUAAUUUGAAAACUUUGAAUGCUGAACCUUAUUUUGUUAGUGGUUUAGAGGAUUUAAAUGCAUGUAUGAUUUUCAUUUUGUAAUUAUUUUGACAAGCAUAAUUUACUUUGACAACUUUGUAGGUAGCCUUAACUUCUGGCCAAGUUUGUUUUUAUAUAUAUAUAUAAAAUAUACAUAUAUAUACAUAUAUAUUAUGUAUGGUUGUAAAUUCAUACACUUAUCACAUGAAUGUGUUACUGUAUACAAAACUCCUUUAAUGCUUUAUUCUCAAAUGCUGGGUUGAAAAAUGUUUUGAAAGCCUUUUAAAAUAUAUAUCUUUAUAAAGUAAUAUUCAGGAUGAUGGAAAUUGUUUAUAUUAUGAUAAAAAUGACAGUAUAAAGUUACUCAGUGUAUUUAAUGAUUUAUUUUAAGAGGGAAAGAGGAAGAAUGCUCUCCUUUGAAAUUUUCAGUGGACAUUUUUUCAGUAUCAUUUAAAUUAUAUUCUGUAUGCUAAAUAGUUUAUGGCACAUAAUUCAUUUUGGUCUGAAUAUUUGAUUCUUUUUAUUCCUUUCAACUUGACAUUCAGGGUAUUGAGUAAAGGAAAGAGGUUCAGAGUAGAACGGUUGACACUCUGGUAAGUUUAUUUGCAACUGUUGGUAUCUCCCUUAAAACUGCCCUUUGGAUUCAGUAUUUAUGCUUGAGUCUUCUUUCAAAUAUGACCAUAUUCAUGUGUCCGAAGGACUACAGAGUGAUACAUAUAUAGAGCUGAAACAUUCAUUUUAAUACUUAAAGUUACAUAAAUCUUUUCAAAAAGUGUUUUGUUACAGAAUAUGCUGUUUGUACCCAUCCAUGCCCAUUUCUUCUUAGGCCCUGUAUUCAAAUAAAUAAUAGUGAUCUUUCUUUCUUGCAUGUAGUAUAGAUGGGCAGUGGGGGAGGGGCACAGACUUCUUUGAAAUCAAAGAAUACAGUCAAAUCCAUUCCUGAUUUGGUUGUUGUUGCUGUGGCAGAAUGUGCUGUGAAAUGCAUAAAAGAAAUUGUUCAUAUGUGUACCCUAAUUGCUCACCCUUCCCUCUUCUCCCUGUGUGCUGUAGACACACCAGACUGUCACACUUCUGCAGGUCUAGCUCUUAGAGCUCGUUGCACCAGGUUGCCUUUCCUAGUCCUGUCAAUCCAUAGUUGAGUGAAUUGCUGAAUUAGCUGCUAUAUUAUGUGGAGUCACAAUUAAGCUUUUUCUUACCCUUUUCUAUGGGGAAGCUAUAGGGUGGGUCAGGAGGAAAUUGAGUGCUUAUACUUUGCUGAAAAUAUUAGAACUUUCCUCUAACAGGAUACAGCAAACUGUAAUUAAAUAUAAACCAGAACCAGAGCUACCUCUAAGUAGUGUUUCCUCAAGCACAAAGCUCUCAGGCAUAUGAGACCCACUUUAAUGGAGGGUCUCUGAUUUCUCAAGCAUCAGCGAGUUUCAGAAGCAACUGUCUUUUGUACUCCUCUAAGUUCCCUUGUAACUACACACUUUUCCCAUUCCACACUGCGCUUAAAUGACAGUCUCUUCUGAGAAGCCAAAUUCUGUCAAAUGAUUAGCUAGAGAUAGUAUUAAAGGAAACCUAGAACUGAGGUGAAAGGGGAGAGUUAGUUCUAGUGCUAAUAGCCUUCUGAUUAAAUAAAUCAGUUCUUUUCUGGGAAAUGUUCUUUUAUGGGAAAUGGGAUAUUUUAAAUGCUUAAGUUUAAGGCACAACAGUUAAUGCCUCUGUUGCUUUUCUGUGGCUGACAUGGUUUUGAUAUAGCUUUACACUUUCUGCUACUAAGCUUUGGGUAGAAUGUUAUACCAGUUUUAAAUGUUGGCUGCAGCUUUUUGUGAUCCUUUGAUUUGCAGUGUAAUAACUUCACAAACUAAAUUUUCAAAAUUUUGUUCCAGAUUAUGCCUCUUGUCUACUUGGGAGCAAUGUGUCUUUUCAAUCAUGGGGUUGACAAAUGAAAAAUAAAGUUGUUUCUUAAUCUA